AUGACACGAGAAGUCAAGUUGAAGGCGCGUGAAGUGCGAUGUGAUAAAAGCGCGCGGGGGCAGCGCGCGCAGCCAGUACCGAGCUCACCUGUUAACCGAGCGCAGGCGCCGUUUCGCGCCGACGCGACAUCCGUCCGCGAUACCUUGGAACGCAUACAUACGACCCCGCGCCCCGCUCUCGUACCUCUGCCUGGAGCGCUUACUUCCGAAAAAGGACCUCCCCGGUCUGCCAGAUCGAUUGCUCAGAUACUAAGAGCUCUUGCUCUUCUAUCACGAUUGCCUCGAAUUAGUAUAGUGAAAUCGACAAAAUGGCGCUAA